CGAGACGGCGCGUCGGCCUCUGGCAUUUAUCGAACGGUUACACGCGUUGCGAAGCCAGCACUCGUUUCUGCAGUAGAACGAGGAUCGCCUACAAUUAGUGCUACGCCAGCAGAGAGGCCUUAACAGAGCAGCACAAGCGCCACGGCGGCGCGCAUAAGUGCCGCGGCGCGCGUAAGUGCCGACGACGCCUUGCGCUGACGCAGCGCUCGAAGAAAGAUAAUGCCGCGCUCUCGCAGCCGCAGCCGCAGCCGCGGCCGGCGGCGCCGCAGCCGCUCUCGUGACCGCCGCGACCGCCGCGACGACCGCGACCGCGACCGCUCGCGGAGAGACCGAGAUAGAAGCAGAGAUCGGAGGCCGCAGCCGUCGUCGCGGGCCCGGGCCGAGGAGGAGGCAAGUAAAAGACGACGAGACGAGGCCCGGGUCCCCGAGCCCGUGGAUGUCCUAAAUCAGGACGAUGGGAUUGAAGUGGAUGAGGCCGAGGUGGAGGCCUUCCUCGCGUCCGACGACGAGGACGCGCGCGAGGCGAAGCGCGCGGCGGAACGUAGGAAGCGGCGCCAGGCGAUUGAGCGGAAGCACGCCGCCGCGAAGGAGGCUCCACAACCAAUUGUAGAAGAUCCAUCAAAGGCCCAAGAGGAGCAGAGCGCACGAGACAAGGCCGUCAAAUACGAAGUGACGCCUUUGGGGUUGACGGAGGUCAAGCCAGAUGAUGAUGCGUUCGACAUGUUUACUGGUGAGGGCGACAUCGACGCGCCCGCGCCGGUCAAAGUGGGCAAACGCGCGACGGCGGCGCAACUACUCGCGGGAGAGUUGGGUGAGGAAGAACAGGCGAACUGGGACGACACGGACGGGUACUACAUGGCGAGGCCUGGAGAAACGAUUGAUGGGCGGUAUCGCGUCCUCGGUGUGGUCGGACGAGGCGUCUUCUCGUCCGUACUGAAAGCACGAGACGAAGUCCAAGAGAAAGAAAAGAACGAACCGUGCUACGUCGCCGUGAAGAUGAUCCGGAACAACGAGACGAUGACGAAGGCCGCCGCCAAAGAGAUUGAGUUACUGCGGGAAAUUUCUGCCGGUGACCCCAAUGGAAGGUGUCAUUGUGUCAGGUUGCUCAAUGAGACGGAGCACCGGGCCCACACCGCGUUGAUCUUCGAGUCCAUGGCGAUGAACCUGAGGGAAGCUCUCAAAAAGUAUGGUAAACAUGUCGGUAUAAAUAUCGACGCUGUUAGGAUAUAUGCCAAGCAACUUUUAUUCGCUCUGAGGCAUUUGUACAAGCUACGAAUAGUGCACGCUGAUAUCAAGCCAGAUAACAUACUGGUAAGCGAGAACAACGCUGUUCUUAGAAUAUGUGAUUUCGGGUCAGCUUUUCGCGAGUCCGAUCCUGGGUGUAGCGACCCGUCUCCUUAUCUCGUCAGUCGUUUCUAUCGCGCUCCGGAGAUCAUUCUAGGGUUGAAAUACGACACAAGGGUCGACCUGUGGUCGAUCGCGACGUGUCUCUAUGAAUUGUAUACGGGGCACAUCAUGUACCCCGGCGUCGACAACAACAACAUGCUGCGGCUCAUGAUGGAGUUGAAAGGAAGGUUUCCGGUGCGCAUGCUACGAGCUCAUGUCCGAGUAUAUACCGAGUUGCUACUCUUGGACCCGCACUUCCUAGAUGUGCAGUCGUCGUUCAAAUUCCAGCACCGGGUGUUGGAUGAAAGGACGAAGGAGCCGCGCCUGACACUUGUGUCCAUCGACAAGCCGACUCGAUCCAUAGCGCAGACGUUUUUAUCCAAAAAAGCGGGCGCCGACGACAAGCGAACUGUCUUAGAUCUGGCCGACUUCCUGGAGCAGGUCUGCAUGCUCAAUCCGGACAAUCGGCCGUCGGUGAACGAGUGCCUGAAGCACCGCUUCGUCGCGGGCCGCCAGGAGCACCCGCGCGACAAGAAGCCGCCGGAGGCUUCAACAGGUGGUGGGUCCGUGCGGUCGCGGUCGCCGGGGCGGCUCUGA